AUGUCAUCCCCCGCUGCCAAAAGACUAAAGUCAACAAAGAUUAUUGGUACCCAUUCCGGCACAUUUCACUGCGAUGAAGCACUCGCAGUGUUCAUGCUUCGUCUAACGGACGAAUUUCGAGAUGCCGAUGUGCUACGGACGAGAGAUCCAGCUAAAUUGGCACCUCUCAAUAUCGUCGUUGACGUGGGUGGAGUAUACGAUCCAAAAGCUCAUCGAUACGAUCAUCAUCAAAGAGGAUUCAACGAAACGUUUGGUCAUGGUUUUGACAAGAUCAAGUUGUCUUCAGCCGGUUUGGUUUACAAGCACUUUGGAAAGAAGAUCAUUGCCGAUUACCUCGGAUGUGAAGAGUCAGACCCUCGAGUAGAAAUUAUUUGGUUACGUUUAUACUCUGAAUUGAUAGAGUCAGUGGACGGGAUAGAUAACGGAGUGAACGUUGCAUCCGGACCUUUGGCUUACACUGUUCGGACAGAUUUGAGUUCAAGAGUUGGUCGGAUCAAUCCAGAUUGGAAUGAACAUGUUGACGAUGCGGAUUAUGAUGCACGAUUCGCCAUCGCGUCCAAAGUCACAGGAGAAGAAUUCAUGUCACAUCUUCGAUAUUACACCAAAGCAUGGCUCCCCGCUCGGGAUAUCGUCAAAGCUGCGUUGGACACCAGACAUAAGGUCGAUGAAAGCGGCUCCAUCGUAGUAUUUGAGAAAUCCGCACCAUGGAAAGAUCAUCUAUUCUCUCUCGAAUCUACUCUAUCACCUCCUCAACAAAUCCUCUACGUUCUGUAUCCAGAGUCUGAUGCUCCCGGAUCAAAAUGGCGAAUACAAUGUGUUCCCGAAUCUCCAGAUUCUUUCCUCAACCGAAAAUCGAUGCCUGAAGCUUGGCGUGGUGUCCGAGAUGCGGAACUCAGUAAAGUCUCUGGAGUCAAUGGGUGCGUAUUCUGCCAUGCGUCUGGCUUCACGGGAGGGAAUGAGACUUUCGAAGGGGUGUUGGCAAUGGCGAGGAAAUCUUUGGCUGCAUGA